AGUAUGUAUAAUAUAUAAACCGACGGUAUUAUUCCUAACCCUAGAAAAAAAGGUGUCACCUAACGUCGGCGCAUACAGCAACAAAGCAGAGAAGCCAGAAGUGUCUCCGUAAUUGAUCAUGGGGAAGGUGCACGGUUCAUUGGCUCGUGCCGGUAAGGUGAGAGGUCAGACACCGAAAGUGGCCAAGCAGGACAAGAAGAAGAAGCCCCGUGGCCGUGCUCACAAGCGAUUGCAACACAACCGCCGUUUCGUCACCGCCGUUGUUGGCUUUGGCAAGAAGAGAGGACCAAACUCAUCAGAGAAGUAGACAUGAACUGUUUCAGCUUUUGAUUGUGGUUUUCUUGAUUAUUUGAAUGGCUCGUUAGUCUAUCAACCAAGCCGAUGGAUGUUGUUGAGCAAUUGUUUCUUUAAUCAGUUUCAUUUGGGUUACAUCUGUUUCUCCUCUGAUUAUGUACCAUACGUAGUGACUUAUAAAUUUGAUUAUUUACUAGAUUUGCAUAUU